AUGCAGACUUUUCACCUAAAAAAGCUUAGCGUGCUGCUACUGGUCGCACUUCUCUUAAUCUCCGUCAUGUUAGAUCAUGGGGUUGUAAGCGGAAAUGCUAAAGUCGAGGACCCACAUAGCCACCUCAAGAUGCUGACGAAAUCAGACCUCAAGAAACUCAUAUUCGACAAAACCAAAGGUCGUGCGCAGUUCACCAAUAAAGAAACCAAAGACGACCUUAUUGAACUUGUAAAAGAAAUUGAACUAACUGAGCAGGGUGAAGAUGAAUUUCAGCGUCGAGUCGCAGAAGCCAUGGCGAAACGUAAUGCGGCUAAGGGUCCCUUGUCGAGGGGAAAUACUUACGCUAAAAGAAUUCAACCCACAGGGGAGAACGCUGACAAGGUGAAGGAAGACAAUGGAAAUGAAAAAGCCAACAAAGAUGCCACUGUAAAGUACUUCCCUAACAAUCACCUGCCGCACAAAGUUGUUAUGCAGUACUGUAUAGGAUGUGGUUAUGCCAAGCACUUUGAGAACAUUAAAAAGGACUUGGAAGCGAGUCUCCCCAACAUCCAAGAUGUGCGUAUUUCAGGCAUUAACUACCCCAUUCCCUACGUUCGCGCCCUUAUUGGCAAAUUGUGCACAAUUCUAUUUUUCACAUCCUUUAUUAUUGGCAGUUUUGGUCAAUACUUAAGAAGUUUUUUCCCGGCCCGAGUGCAUGAAUUCCUUCUAAAUAAACGUUCUUUGAUCAUUGUGUUUGGCAUUAUGCUAAACUUGUUCGGUAAUUCCCUCAUGCAAAAUGGAGCAUUUGAGGUGCACGUUAAUGAUGAACUGGUAUACUCAAAACUUCUAGAAGGUAAAGCCCCGUCAUCACAAGAUGUCUACAAGUUAAUCCUUGAGAAAACACUAUUGAAGGAUUACUCUUAA